AUGCGCUUCACUCCGCUGCUACGAUCCGCGGCCGAGUCCAGCACCUCUUCCUCGGGGCUACCACACAAGGCGCGCAUCGCAAUCAUCGGCGCGGGACCAUCGGGCUUCUACGCUGCCUCUCGACUCCUCUCCCGCAUCCCCUCGCAACAGCUCCGCAUCGACAUCUUUGACCGUCUCCCUGUACCCCACGGUCUGGUACGCUAUGGCGUAGCACCCGACCACCCAGACGUCAAGAAUGUCGAGAACAAGUUUGCCGCUGUCUCCCAGGAUCCGCGGUUGCGUUUUGCGGGGAAUGCCAACGUCGUCCACUCCGGCUCCUCAUCCAGCAGCGCAGCUGGUGAGGCAGUCGAAGUGCCGCUCGAGGAGCUAUCACGCUACUACACCCACAUCCUCUUCUCCUACGGCGCAUCGACAGGUCGCAGCCUCGGCAUACCCGGCGAGGUCGAGCUGGACAACAUCUACUCCGCCCUCCAGUUCGUCAAUUGGUACAACGGCCACCCGUCCUCCCACUCGUCCUCGUCCAAAUUCGACCUCUCGAACACGCACCAUCUGACCGUGAUCGGAGCGGGCAACGUCGCGCUGGACGUAGCGCGCAUCGUCCUGCGAUGCUCCACGCCCUUCCUCGAAUCCUCCCCGCGCGUCACAUCCAACAAAGCGCCCGGGCUGGCGGCGUUGGAGGAGACAGACGUGCCCGAACCUGUACUGGCGGAGUUGGGGCGGUGCAAGGUCAACGAGGUGGAUGUGUUCGCCCGACGUGGACCGGCCCAGUUGGCGUUUACGAACAAGGAGGUGAGGGAGAUGCUCAGUCUCGAGGGGAUCGCGUUGCGACCACCGCCUGCAGAACUGCUCGAUUCCGCCUUGGCCCAGCUCGAGACGCUGGCAAAGAGCGAAGCAGCUGAUCCGGCAAGGGCGCAGGAGAUCGCAUCGGAAGUGCGCGUCAAGAAGCGACUUCUCAGUCUGCUUGCCAAGGGAAGCAAGACCAAGCCAGGUGGCGAAGGGGUCAAGCAGUGGGGAUUGAACUUCUUCCACUCCCCGGCGAGAUUCCUUCCGAAAGGCAAUAGUAAGGCAGUAGGGCAGGUGGAAUGGAACCGGACGACCCUGCAGAGUGGGCGGCCGACGGCGAAGAGUCUGGACGCGACGGAUCCGCGCAAAGCCGCAUGGAGCGCUGGGUCCACGGACAGCGUCCCGGCUGCUACCGGCCAAACUGUCAUCACAGACACGGACAUGGUUGUGUCCAGUGUAGGCUAUCAGAGCGAGCCCCUGGCCUCCUCCUCGUCAUCUUCACAGUCGGAGGUGGUGAGAGAGGGCCGGCUGGUGGCACUGCCCUUCGAUGCCAGACGCAAGAUCGUUCCCAACCAAGCAGGUCGCGUACUCGAUCCAAUCACCUCGGCCCCGAUUCCGGGCGCAUAUGUGAGCGGCUGGCUCGCGAGAGGUCCCACCGGCGUCAUCGCCACCACUAUGAUGGACGCCUACUCUGUCGCAGACCUCAUCUUGGACGAUCUGCACAGCGCUGCGGAGGGUGGGCGAGAAGUGGAAGGAGAUCUGUUGGAGAAGCUGCACAGGGAAGGGACGAGGAAGGUCGUCGGGUUUGAUGGCUGGAGACGCAUCGACGAGGAGGAGAAGAGGAGAGGCCAGAAGCUGGGCAAGAUCAGAGAGAAGAUUCUGACCGUCAAGGAGAUGCUCGAUGUUGUCGGCUGA